CUCCAGGAAGCCGGCCAGCCCCUCCCAGGGGGGCCCACAGCGGGCAGCGAUGGUGACCUUGCGUCCUGGGAGUUACGUGGCCGCCAUCUGCGGUGGCCGCCAUCUGCGACGGCCGCCGCGUGACCUGAGUGCAUCGGCGCCUCCUCUCGCUGCACCCCGGGGUGACAAGAGCCUAUCCGCAAGCGGCGUCCAGGAAGCCACCCCCAUGGAAGGAUCGGGGGCCCCUCAUGACCCACUCGCGCUGCAGCCCACCGACUCGCGUCUUCAGAGGCCGGAGAGCGUCGGGUGGGCGGCGGGGCUUCGCGGGGGUGACGCCGGGUGGGCCGGCGGGGUCGGAGAGGGCGGGGAGGCGGACUUGGCCGCGGAGCCUCCGGAAGGAACCGGGGCGGCAGCCCACGCCCUCCGCGAGGAGAGGCCCCGCCCCGCCGACCGCACCCCCACCAGCCCCGCCGCCGCCCCACAAAUGUCCGGCCCCCCCCCCCCACACCCGCCAGCCCCGCCCCCGCCCCACAAACGUCCCGCCCCCGACCACACCCCCAGCCCCGCCCCCGCCCCCCCACAAGCUACAAGGCUGCAGACAGACCACCUCUGCACUUGUUUAUUGUCAUGA